UACCAAGACUAGUUUGCCAAAGAUACUCACUAACGCGGCAUCUGUCGGAUUAGAGAAGCUGAGGAAAUACAAGUGAUUGGCAGACGGGAACUGAUUCUAUGUUCUUGGUACUGUAUUACACCCGGAAAUGCGCUCCAAAUGGUUUGAGACCCUCGGAACGACAUCAUGGGAACGAGAGGACCAUCGAGACAAGGCUGAAACCAUGUUCCGACACGUUGCGCUGGAUUACUUCCAAGAACAACUAACCUCACCAACUCCUGACCAGUCAUCCCUCAAUAAGCCGAAGCCACCUGCUAACGGGUUCUUGAGCCAGAUGUGUGCUGUUGACCUCUCAUUCAUUCCCACUUCACCUCGAGCAACUCAGGCCGAUUUGGAGGAUGAAAUAUCGCGUUAUCUCCGAUUUGAGGGAGGCGUUGGGAAAACACAGGAACCACUAGAAUGGUGGCAGUGUUUCUGUUGAGCGAACAUUCUCGAAAUCUCGUCACAUUUGCUCAGACUUAAGGGGUUCAUUGAAAGCUGAAACCAUUCAGAAGGCUCUUUUGGCGAAGGUCU